CGCAGCGGGACCGGUCGCCCAGCGCAGGGCCCGGAUCAGCAGCGGCGGCCGGAGCUGUGCCCGCAGCCCCAGCCGAGCCCGGGACUCAGAGCCUUCAGAGAACUGCCACAUUGAUUUCAUCUCACAAUGGAAUUUCAGAAGUCACCUGACGGAGGGUGGGGCUGGGUGAUUGUGGUCGUCUCCUUCUUCACCCAGUUCCUCUCUUACGGAUCCCCGCUAGCUGUUGGGGUCUUGUACGUAGAAUGGCUGGAUGCCUUCGGUGAAGGAAAAGGAAAAACAGCCUGGGUGGGAUCCCUGGCAAGCGGAGUCGGCUUGCUUGCAAGUCCCGUGUGCAGUCUCUUCGUCUCAUCUUUUGGCGCGAGACCCGUCACAAUCUUCAGUGGCUUCCUGGUGGCUGGAGGCCUCAUGCUGAGCAGUCUUGCCCCCAAUAUCUACUUCCUGUUCUUCUCCUAUGGCAUCGUUGUAGGUCUCGGGUGUGGCUUACUGUACACCGCCACGGUGACCAUCACAUGCCAGUAUUUCGACAGCCGCAGAGGCCUCGCCCUCGGCCUGAUUUCAACAGGUUCAAGCGUGGGUCUAUUCAUCUACGCCGCUCUGCAGAGGAUGCUGAUUGAAUUCUAUGGCCUGGAUGGGUGCCUUCUCAUCGUGGGCGCUUUAGCUUUAAACAUCCUAGCCUGUGGCAGCCUGAUGAGGCCCCUGCAAACCUCCGACUGUCCUUUUCCUGAAAAGACAGCUCCGGAGAACGUUCCAGACCGAUACUCCAUGUACAACGAGAAAGAGAAGAACCAGGAAGAAACUAUGAACUUCCAAGACAAGGGCUACGGUAGCGAAGAUAAAUGCUUGCCCAAUGGAGACUGGGGACGGGAGACUUCCCUUCCUAAAAGCCCCACUGUAGCUCCACACACCAAGGAGCCCGAGCCAUACAAAAAGAAGGUCGUGGAACAGACUAAUUUUUGCAAGCAGCUCGCCAAGAGGAAAUGGCAGUUAUAUAGGAACUACUGCCGAGAGACCGCGUCUCUUUUUAAAAACAAAGUCUUCUCCGCGCUUUUCAUCGCCAUCUUGCUCUUUGACAUCGGAGGGUUUCCACCGUCACUGCUCAUGGAGGACGUCGCGAGAAGUUACCACGUGAGGGAAGAGGAUUUUACCAUGCCUCUCAUCUCCAUUUUCGGCAUCAUGACAGCCGUGGGCAAGCUUCUUUUGGGCAUCCUGGCUGACUUCAAGUGGAUCAAUACCUUGUAUCUCUAUGUCGCUACCCUGAUCAUCACUGGCCUGGCCUUGUGCGCAAUCCCCUUUGCCAAGAGUUACGUCACGCUGGCGAUCCUUUCUGGGAUCUUGGGUUUUCUUACUGGUAAUUGGUCCAUCUUCCCGUAUGUGACCACGAAGACUGUGGGGAUUGACAGAUUAGCCCACGCCUAUGGAAUACUCAUGUUCUUUGCUGGACUUGGGAACAGCCUCGGGCCGCCCAUAGUUGGUUGGUUCUACGACUGGACCCAGACCUAUGACAUCGCCUUUUAUUUCAGUGGCUUCUGCGUCCUGCUGGGUGGCUUUGUCCUGCUGCUGGCUAUCUUGCCCUGCUGGGAUAUGUGCAACAAGAGACUCCUGAAGCCAGCAGCACCAACCACCUUUUUCUACAAAGUUGCCUCUACUGUUUAGAGGGAUAUUAAAUGGCCUUAUUUCCUCUAUUUUUCUACUUUAUACCAUACAACAAUAUAUAUGUAUGUAUUAUGUAUGUACGUAUGUAUAUAAGAAUAUAUGUAACAAAUUGUUUAGCAGGGUCUCUGGAGUCACAGUCUUAUAGCAAAACUUCUCUGUUUGACUCUGAAGGGGAGCAACACACUCUGUUUUUGUGUGCCUUGCAUAACCUUGAUCCCCUCCCCCACCCCUCGAGAGGUGGGAACUGUUCCGGCUCAUGGUUGUUCGUAGUUCGUGAGUUCAGGAUGUGAAACCGUUGAUUAGCCUCACAUGGUUUUCUCUGCGUGAAUUUCAACGUCGCUGCUUUCCUCAUGAGUUCUCCGAGGUGUUCAGUGGGUCCUCUCUUCAACCGUGCGCUCCUCAUGAUUGGAUUUGUGCGAAGGAGUAAUGGCUGUCUCCUCGAUGUCAGGCCUGCAAGUCCAGAGAAGAAGACACGGAGCCCGCUCAUUUCCCGGAAACGAAAAGUGGUUGCAACGUCACUGAGCCGGCCAAGACCUUAGACAAGAGAGUUUAAAUCGCAGCUGUCUGACGUCCAUUUUCUGUUUUACUGUGCUGGAUGAAGUUGUGUGGGGCAGUUUGGUGUCCACUGCCUACGCACUUGCUUGAUUCCUCCAGAAGCCCGCCUACAUGGCCGGCGUCUAGGACCUCGCUCCCCGGUGUCGAUCCGAUCCGAUCGGCAUCCACUCUGCAGAUGUCUCCUAAGAGCCGCUGGUUUGCCGGUUUCCUGCUUGGAAAUACACCUUUGAACCAUUCCAUCUGGCCAAUGGGAAGCACCCGUUUGCUUUGAGUGCCAGUGAGAACGUGUUGCAAGGCCUUCCAUGUCUUCCAAAUGAAGCCCAUGGUGGUUUCUUUUGGGCUUUUCUACUGUUGAAUUUCGAUUUGUGGACAGUGCUAAAAAAACGAUGCUCUCAGUCCAUAAGAUGUAGGAAAGGACAGGGCAAAGAGAAAUUGUUACUCUCACCCAACUGCAUUUAAUCCCAAGAACAAUGUUUGAGGGUAAAAGUAAUAUUUAAUAAAUGGGCUUUAUUUUUGUCCUCUAUAGAAAUGGGUUUCAACUUUAGUAUGCCUGAAAAUCCCCUGUAGAAGAAACUUAAGUGCCUAGCACUAUGCCUUUACUUUUGCUUUAGUUUUUGAGACAGGGUUUCUUCUGCAUAGCCUUAGCGGUCCUGAACUUUAUAGACCAGGCUGCCCUUGAACACAGAUUCACCUCCCUCUGCCUCCCAAGUACUGGGAUUAAAGGCCAAGGCACCUUUCCUGGCUAGUACUAUGGUUUUGUUUUGUUUUGUUUUGUUUUGAAUGAAAGGAGGGGAAAUAUAAGUCAUGGAUUCAGGUAUUAUAAAACAAACAGGCAAGGGUUCUUUAAGUAAGGGCCCACUCCACUCCUUUUCUGUUGUGCCAAAAUUGUCCUUUCUUUCUUUUUUUUUUAUUUUUAACAUAUGUGAAAUGAUUUUGUAUGUCUACGUUGCCUUCCUUUUCGGGCACCUGAAGCACUUUAUUACAUAUCCCUGAUAGCAGCUCCCAGAGGUCAAUAACCAACUGUGCCCUGUGUUAUCUGGUAGAAAGAAUCCCUAGCGUAGUCAGUCCUGCGGCGACGCAAUAAUGGGGCUCAAAACAUACAAGACUUGCGCUCUACACUCGGACUUCUGGAAAGUUCUUCGUACCUCAUUCUUCACUCUAUCAAUGUUGGUAACUAAAACCUAACUCCAGCUCCAGGGGAUCCAACACCCACUUCUGUCUUCCACAGGCACCUGUGUACUGGUAGCAUGCAUAUAUAUAUGUGUGUGUGUAUAUAUACACAUAUAUAUGUACAUAAAUAAAAAUUUAAAAAGGUAUCUUUAAAUUUUAGAGCUAUGAUUUUUUUAAGCAAAAUAAAUAAAUAAAAAUAAACCUUAUACUCUUUUGUAUUCAAA